CGCGUGCCGCUCGCAGGGAGCCAUCCUGGCGGUCCCGAGCCGCGGCCGCAGCCGGAGCUAAGAGGCUCCCGCCUGGGCACACAGUCGCCACGCGCCGGCCUCCGGGGCCUCUCCAGCGCCCGCCUUGCCCGCCCGCCCGGCCCGGCAGGCACCGCAGCGGUGGCCUGGGCAUGAGUGGCCGUUACUAGCUGCGCGCUGCCUGAGACGGACACCGGACCGGCCCGUCACGUGCGUCCAAGUCCUCGGCGGGCCGGGGCACCGCUGUUCCCAUGGUUCAAGGGCCGUUGAGGAUGGAGUCUAUGACCAGGGCUCUUCUUACCUACACAGAGGAGAGGACUGAGGCACAGAGAAGCCCUGUUCUUACACUACCUGGAGGCAGACCCCGGCUGGUUCUCAGGGUCCCACUGGGGUGUCGGGGGAGGCGCUGAACUUCCCUGCACAGACUUGAAUCCCUGCACGACCUCAGAUUUCUCCCACGCUCAGCUGUUGAUGGAGAAGGGGGCGGAUGACAGCCGGGACGGUGGUCAUAACCGGGGGCAUCUUGGCGACUGUGAUUCUGCUCUGCAUCAUCGCGGUUCUGUGCUACUGCCGACUGCAGUACUACUGCUGCAAGAAGGACGAGGACGACGACGAGGAGGAGCCCGACUUCGCCGUGCACUCCAGCCUGCCCCCGCUGCACGCCAACCGCAACCUCGUACUGACCAACGGGCCUGCCCUCUACCCGGCUGCCUCCACGUCCUUCAGCCAGAAGUCCCCGCAGGCUCGGGCCCUCUGCCGCAGCUGCUCCUACUACGAGCCGCCUACCUUCUUCCUGCAGGAGCCCGAGGACGAGGGCGUGCCCAACGGCGGGGAGCGAGUGACCUACAAGAGCUUCAGCCAGGACGAUGUGGAGCUCCCGCCCGCGACCUUUGCGGGCCUGCAGGCACUGAACCCUAACCGCCUCUCGGCCAUGCGCGAGGCCUUCUCACGGAGCCGCAGCAUCAGCACCGACGUCUGAGCCACCAUGGCGGGGUCCCCAUGGCACGCCAGCCUGGCCCCAGGCCUGGACCCCAGCUCCGCCCAGCCUUCUUCAAACCCCUGUCAUCACGGGGGCCCCAGGCUCGAGGGGCCUUGGGCCCCGCCCUCCAGGAGCUCCAGGGCUCGCUGUAGGGAUAAGGCGCAGUGAACACAGGUGUGGCCGGGGUGCGGGUCGCCAGGGCUGGAAGGGAGGCGGGCGUGAUGUGAUGCAGCGCAGGUGAGCUGCAGCAUCCAGGUGAGGCCUGCAGAGCAAGGCAGGGCUCCUGACGCCACCCUGCCGUGACUACAGGUGUGAUGGAAAGUAGCUCCCAUCUCAGCCCCAGCUACAUGGUGGCUGCAUGGCCUACACGUGUGGGCCUCAGUCUACCUACCUGUUCAAGGAAGGGUGGCCACAGCGAGACUCGGGGCCCUGCAGCCAGGCUUCCCUGGCAAUUUCGGACCAAUUAUUCUGUCCCGCCAACCAGAACAGGGGGCCUCUGUCUGCCCCCCACAUACACACACACCUCUGGCUUCAGUGCCAGGCGGCUGAGACACAGGUUGAAUUGGCCUCUCUGCAGACCCCCCUAGAAGGGACAGUUUCAGGGGUGGAUGGGCCUUGGGGAUGUACAGCCCCAACUCGCUUAUUGCUGUAAGAGGGAGGAAGAGGCCAUGUCCAAACCACUUGCUUCGGGAGUGUCCACACUAAAAUACACAGCCUGUUCCUCAGCCUGACAUGGUAGGUAGACGGAGCCGUGGACCAGGGACUAAAAGACCACUAACUCCCCUGCGACCUGAGACAAGCCCUCCCAUCCGAGGCCUCAGCCUCUGGGAGCCCUUCAAACUCUGGUCCCCACGGGAGACAGACUCGGGCUCUCCCCCGCCACCUGCUUCUCAGGAGGAUCUGGGAGCAAGGUCCUGGCCACCCCUGCCUUGCUCCUGCUCUGUGUGAAGACCUCAGCUAAGUCCACUCUCCACCAAGCUCCCAGUGGGGCUGGGGUCUCCCCGGGAGCCCACUCUCGGCUCCCUCAACCUGGCGGGGGAAAUGAUGCCCAAUGGCCACCCUGGAGAAAUGCCCCAAACCCAGGGGUGCCCACUGUGGGGAAUGCAGCUUCCGACCCAGGUACAGGCAGUGUGCUCUCUCCAAAGCACGGUCCCCAGAGCCCCCUGCCCUCUCCAGGGCUCUCUCUGCCUCUGGGCCCAGCCGUGGAGCUCCAGGGUAAGGUAAGCUAGCCGUUGUCUGCCCAGGAAGAUGGACCGAGCUCCCCAGCCACCUGGCUUCCUAAAAGACAAAGCUCUGAGGGCAAGUGGCCCUCCGCGAGUCCCCGUGAGCCACGAGCAGCCUGAGCUGCUUUUACUUGAAAGUGCCAAGGAGCUGAGAUGGCGGACUGGACGUGAGUGGAGUUAGUGAAGACUUGCUAUUUUUAGCUGUCUCCAGUUUUUCCCUCUUCCUCCUUUCUCCUCCUGCCUCAGUUUGGACAUGCUAAUGGAAUUCAUCCCGGAGCUUCCCAAAGCGCCACUCACACCUCCCCUUCC